CUGCACCACCACCAUCCUCGAGACCGCCGUGGUUGCGUCCGGCUCUCAGAGCCAGCUCACCCUCGCGCUGCCGUUGACGAGUAGUCCAAGCCCGACUGGAAAUGAUGCAGAAAAGCUUGUCGUGUGGGGGGCCGCUAGUGCUCCGCGCUUGAUGCCUGGGAGAGCAGUCGUUGCAUCGUAAGUACGAGCGGGGCGAUGUGUCUCUCAGCCAAGAUCCCGGGAGGUGUUAGGGUCUCUUGACCUGCGGAUACGCUACGUAGUCGAUACUGUACGUUGAUUAUGCUACGAGCCGUGAAUCGAUUUGUCGGAGACCGUGUCAUCCAUGAGCGCGAACGCCAAGCUCGUGCGUUCCGGCCUGUGUUUUCGAUCAUGGGAUCCCUUUCCGUCGUCACACAUUACGUUCCUCUUCUAUCCUCCACUCAUUUUGUCACCGCCAUCCGAAGCCGAAGCAUCGGGAGACAGGAUCCGGGUGGGGGACGGAAUGAUGGAUGAAUCGAGGGCGUUCUGGGUUCCGUCGCUGUCCGCGACGGCGAAGACGAUCGAUCGACACACGUGAUUUGUACUUGCCUUUCUCGGAACUGUGUACAGAUAUCUUGGAGUCUGCGUCCGUUUUGAGACCAGAAGGAAAGGAUCGAUUCGUGAUGCGCAAAGUACCUCAUAACUAGGACCGCUCGCUUCUCUGCUCUCUCCCAUCCAUCCGUCUCUCACCAACGCAAGCCAUGCCCGUCCAAUGCGCCCCGUCGGCACAUGCCCAGGCUGUGGUGCACCACCCGGGGCUCGGCGCGACGUUCUACGGGAUCCAGCAUCCCACUGCGCCGGCAAUUGAGCAGUUUAGAGGCAUCAAGUACGCAACGAUACCUGCGCGAUUUCGGCGCUCGCGGCUCUGGAACCGCUUUCCGCCUCAAGUCGACGCUUCGCGCUACGGGCCCGUGUGCCCGCAGCUGGGCAAGAAGAGCACCGAGGAGGAGCUGUUCAGUCUGGGAUGCACCGCCGACAUGAUUCCGCACCAGAGUCUCGAGCAGAACGAGUUCGAGUGUCUCAGUCUGAAUAUUACAUGCCCCGCUGGGCUGGAUGCGCAGUCGCGGAUCCCGGUUAUGCUCUGGGUGCAUGGUGGUGGCGAUAGGGGUUAUGGCUCCAGCUGGAUUUACGACGGCGCUUCCAUCGUGGGCAAGAGUGUAUCUCUCGGGAAACCCGUGAUGGUCGUGACUUUCAAUUUCCGCAUCGGUCUGUUUGGUUUCGCCGCCAGCCCGGCGCUUCUGGAGGACAACCGAGUAGCGGGGGAAUCCGGGGUUGGGAAUUACGGCAGGUCUUCUUUCGCGGCCGGGAACACCCGAGGGCUGACAUGGGAAACAGGACUGCACGAUCAGCGAACGGCGAUGGAAUGGGUGCAUCGAUACAUCGAAGGCUUCGGCGGCGAUCCAGACAACGUCACGCUCUUCGGCGAAUCAUCGGGUGGCUCAGACAUCCUCAGCCAUCUGCUAUCUAAGGCCAACGAACACGCUCCGAUGUUCCACCGCGCGAUCGUGCAGAGUGCGGUGGCGGACCACAACGCCCCCGACGUCCACACCGCCGGCUGGCACAUCUCGCGCGUCAUGUCGAUCCUGGACGUCUCCUCUGUCGAGCAACUGAGAGCGGUCAGUGCUGAAAAGCUCGUGAAGACCAGCGGAGGCUCGACUCUGCGCGCGGUCGAUGACGGGCACUUCUUCGUGCACGACUGGCGCUCGCACUACCAACCGGAAGAACGCCAUCGGCCGCGGCGCACGUCGCGCUCGCGCUCGCGGGCUCGGCCUCACCGCCACCAGCCGCUGAUCAUCGGGGACACCUGCACCGCCUCGCUCAUGUGGUCGCUCCCAGCUUCGCUAUGGACGUCCCACGCGGUCGUGCGGCGCUUGAACGCGAUCUGCCAGUCGGUCACCAAGGCCGCGGACCUGCUUUCGGCGUACGACAUCGGCGUCAACACGCCCGACGACGAGAUCGUCGACCGCGUGCUCGAGCUCGUCGGCGAUGCCCGGGUCUCGUGGCCGAUGGACUGCUUCGCCGCGCGCGCCAGGCACGGGCGCGGCGUCUGGCAGUACGUGUUCGACCAGGACGCGCCCGCGCGCAUCGGGCACAAAGCCGACCUCGCGUACCUCUUCGACACGCUGCCGCAGCCCGUCUCCCCCGCCGCCCUGGACACCGCGUCCGCCACCGGUGCGGUCGACUUCUGCGACUCGUUCGAUCUGGACGACGACGACGACCUGCACGACCGCAAGUUCGACUCGGACGAGGAGGACGAGGGCUGGAUCGACCCGCCCGUCGACGAGUGGGCGUACACCCGCGUGCGCGACAGCAUGCAGGAGCGCUGGAUCCACUUCGCCAACGGCCACGAGCCAUGGAAGCACGAUCACGUGUUUGUGUUUGGGCCGGAAGCGGAGGUCGGCGAGCGGUCGAGGCAUAUCUUUGAGGGGAGGCGGAGGAAGGCGGUGUGGCGUGAGGCACUGGAGCCGCUGGGCAUGUCGCUAGUGCAGAAAAUCGGGAUGGAACUCAGUCGGGGCCCGCCGUUAAAAGGGUCCGGCAAAUACUAG